UACUGAAAUCACAAGCUUCAUGUAUGAACCAAUGGAAGUGAAAAGUAUUUUGAGGCCUAAUUUACAUAAGGUGGUUAUAAAGGGCUCAGGUCCUCGGGAGUGCAGCUGUUUUCUCACUUGCUAGGCAACUCUUCUGUGUUUUGCGAUCAUGCCCGAGUCGGCUAAAUCCGCCCCGGCUCCCAAGAAAGGUUCCAAGAAGGCUGUCACCAAGGCGCAAAAGAAAGACGGCAAGAAGCGCAAGCGCAGUCGCAAGGAGAGCUACUCCAUCUACGUGUACAAAGUGUUGAAGCAGGUGCACCCCGACACGGGCAUUUCGUCCAAGGCCAUGGGCAUCAUGAACUCAUUUGUCAAUGACAUCUUCGAACGCAUCGCAGGCGAAGCUUCGCGCCUGGCGCAUUACAACAAGCGCUCUACCAUCACGUCCCGGGAGAUCCAGACGGCCGUGCGCCUGCUGCUGCCGGGCGAGCUGGCUAAACACGCCGUGUCGGAGGGCACCAAGGCGGUCACCAAGUACACCAGCGCCAAGUAGAGGCCCGCCUGGAUGAGGCACUCGCUGCCCCUUUGCUCUUGCCGAACCACCCGCUUAAAUCAGGAAAGAGCUUUGUCCACUCGCAUUAGUUUCUAGUUCCUAUUCCAGAGUUAAACUUUAAAGGUCUUGGAGAAGGUACACUUCACAGUUUUAAGCAUUUGUAGUUUUGAGGUUCUCUGAGCUGGUUUGCAGUUGGCUGUUGAGCUCCUCACUCUCAUUUAGCUCCUAAGAGUUACUUUUAAACUAGGGUAAUGGAGGUUGGCCUCUCGGCUGGGUUUCUUCCCUGUUCUAGACUGUUCGGGCACUUUGUCGACCUAAAGUGAGAUGACUGACUUGAUUACUUUGGCCGUUAGUGGGCUCCAGGACACCUAAACCUGUGGCGACGAAUGCUGUGUACCACUCAACAACCGAAAUCGCUCGGUUCAGUUUUAUUAUGUGUCCUGGGUACAGGCGGUUUCCGGUAGUUUAGGGCGGUGUCCUCGCCUGUAACUGAUUAAUUUACCAACACGAUCGUGCGGCGUUGCUGCGGCUUUGGUAGAAGUCUAUUGGGGUUCUCAUUCAAGCUUUAGAUUCCUCCCUGUUCGUGGUUUGUGAUUACCCCCUCCUUCACCCCCUAAUUUACGGUGUCCUCGCCCUUAACUGAUUGGUUUACCAAUGCGAACGUUCAGCGUUGCUGCGGCUUUGGUAGAAGUCUGUUGGGGUUCUCCCUCAAGCUUUAGAUUCCUGUCCAUGGCUUAUGAUUUUCUUUUUUUUUUUUUUUCUCUCCCCCGUUUAAUACUUUGCUGUGCUUUAAUCCGCCGCGGUGCCGGGUUGCCGCAAAGAUUGCUUAUUUCCGCUCUGGACCCAUGAAGCGAUCUAAUUCACCAACCCAAGGAAUUAACUUCCUCCUGGUGGUCGCGUCUACACUGUCUGAAGUUUGCUUUCCUGUUUACACUGUGGUCAAGCCGGCCAGAUGUUCUGAUAAGUCCAGAGCCCGCGAAUGCCUGACAUAUUCCUAAUGCUCAAGUAUUUAUUACUGAAUUAAUUUUCGUAUCAUUGCUUUUGUAAUUGCUUCCGUGGCUUGGGGGGGGGGCGCGGUGUCUGUUCGACGCAACAGAAGUGUUUGAAGAUUCUUUCUCCCAAUCCGUCCGUAUAAUUCAUGCGGUGGCUGUUUUUGGUUGUCAACUUGACUGGAAAUAACUGAAACGGAAGUGAGAGUACACCUGUGAGGGAUUUUUUUUUUUCUGAAAUAAUUUGAAGUGAGAAGAAGCACUUUUAGUCUGAAUCUUUUGAGAUGGGAAGACCCACCUUUAAUCUGGGCCACACCUUCUGCUGGCAGCCUGUCUAAAGGACUUGAAAGAAGGAAGCUUGCUCUCGCUGACUGGUCUCUUCCUUCACUGGCGUUAGAGCCUACUUCUGGAUUCUGGCAUACACUGAAGACGAGCCAUCCAGCCUGGUGGACCCAACAGCUAUUGGAUUCAUGGGCCUUCUCUUGGGAGGCUGCCACUGUUUGUUGAACUAGAUGGACCCCAGCCUGUAAACCAUAUAUUUAUGAAAAAAAAUCACAAAUAUAUUUCACUCUGUAAGCUCUGUUCCUUGAGAACCCUGAUUAAUACAAUUACCUCAGUGUAAUUUGCCAGGAGCUGGCCAUAGUAGGUUUCUUAAUUUUUUUCCAAUUUAGAGCAAACUCUUGGAUUUUCAUUAAAUUGGAAGCACUGGGCUUUGGGGAAAAGCCUUCCUUCUACCUCUGCCAACAUCCCCAUUCCUAAUUUUCCUAUUCCCUACUGAGAUGAACUUUCAAUUUACACUCUUCCCUCUCUUUUACCUUUCAGAGGGUUCUGUAAGAUGGGCCCCAGAGUUACUAGUGAAACUGAUGGAAGCUAGGUGGUUGGCCUAGGGCCAUGCCCAACACCGUCCACUUUCGUCUCUGUCUGAAGUCAGCUGCCUGCUUGCUUUUGUGACGUUUCCCCCCACAGUCUUGAUUUUCUUGUUGAGGGCACCCAAUGCUCUCCGAUCGCUUUCUCCGUCCUGUGUUAGGUUAAGGGUUUCUGGAGCUGACUAAGGAGCUUUGUGAAUCCAGAAUGUGCUUCAGACAUUGGCAUAGAUUGACUAAGUCCUGCUUACUGCAUGAGCAUUUUUAAGUGCGCAGAAGCUGUUAUUAUUAAAUCAUAUUACCAAUUAGUUUCAAAUUUUUGCUGGAUUGUUUUAUGUGCACCUCAUUUCCUCAGAAAAUAAAAUGAGCAAAUAGAACUGUUUGUGGUUGGCGCUGUGGAAAAGCUGGGGGUGCCUCGGAUUUGAAACAUAUCUCUAAGCCAUUAUCCAGGGCUUAGGGGGGUAGCUCAGAAGCUUUGCCAAAAAUGCACUGAGGCCCUAGUUUCAAAAACACAUGCACAGGCACACACACGCCCAGGCACACACACGCACAGACACGUCCAUGCUCAUGCAUGCGUACAUACCUUCCUCCAGCCAAACUUCUUCCUCAAGAGGUGCACUGGGGUUGAAAUACCCUACAACAAGGCCAGUGCUGAUGCCUAGUGGUUGAGAAACAUAUGACCAUGUAUAAAAGGUAUUACAAACAGGAUGUGUGAAAUAAAACCCCUGGUAAAGUUUAGCUAACACCUGCAGAAUCCAUGGAUGGGAUGUACUAGGGAGUAUUCUAUGCUCUUUGUAUA